AUGAAGGAUCGAUCAAAACAGACUUACAAUUUAUUGAAUACUAAUAACACACAGCCAACAAGUAAAGCAACCUGGAUGAAAAAGCUUCAUUUUGAGGAAAAAUGUCAAAUAACAAGUGUUAACUCAAAAGUUGCGUGUGUUGGUGAUAAUGUGGAUCUUGAUUGGGUUUAUGAAAAUACUGCAGAUAUCUUGAGUGUCACCUGGACAUACAUUGACAGUCAAACUUCAGCACAGACAACAAUAAUGCAGUUUGUAGGAGGAUCAGCUACAGUGUCUGGCAAUUAUAAUGUUUUGCACAAAACAAAUGGUGGCAUAACAUUAACUAAAGUAACAAAAGCCAAUAGUGGGAGCUACAAAAUAUCUGUAAUUUAUGCAACUGCACCUACAGAAGAUGACACUGUUGCUGUUACUGUUAAUGAUUGCAGAUCCGAGUGUAAGUGUAAAGGUCAAAAGGCGGUGAUUGCUUCUGUAGUAAUUGGCAUUGUAGGUGCAAUAAUUCUUCCCAUUGUCGUUGGUGGAACUGUAAAAGAGUUUUUUGGUAGGAAGCUUGCACUGGUUGUUGAUUCCAUAGGUAUUGUCUUCGGUGUAGCAGGCUCUGUAUUAGGCAUAGUUGUGCAAGCUAUAGAUUGCUGUGAGGAUUCAGAUUGCUGUGAAGAUGAAUGCGAGAAAAACUGGAUAGAAACUACAGCUAUAGUAUUUAUAAUAAUUGGUUGCCUAGUUGGAAUUGUGGCUGUUGUCAUAUUUUACCUGGUUUGGUGUAAGUUUUUUCACUUAUCAUACCUAUCCUUUCCUUUUCAAAAUUUUAAUUCUUAA